UGAUGGUCAUGCUUCCGGUGACAAUGGGCACCGAGGAGACACCGACCGUUCCCACACACAACAUGUCGAACAAGGAACGCAACGAGCUAAAGGAGGAGGCCAGGGAAAUGUUCUAUCAUGCGUACCGGGCGUACAUGGAUAACGCGUAUCCGGCGGACGAAUUGAUGCCCCUGAGCUGCACCGGCCGAUACCGAGGUGUGACACCAUCCCGCGGGGAUCUGGACGAUACGCUUGGGAAUUUCUCUAUGACGCUCGUGGACACGCUCGACACCCUGGUGGUACUUGGCGAUUUGGAAGAGUUCGAAAGCGCCGUCAAGUUGGUGAUAAAAGAUGUAAAAUUCGACAACGACAUUAUCGUCUCGGUGUUCGAGACCAACAUUCGCAUGAUCGGUGGUUUGCUCUCUGCUCACAUUUUGGCCGAGUACGUGCAGAAACAGGCAGAUGUGAUGAGCUGGUAUCGGGGUGAGAUGCUAGAGAUGGCCAAAGAUCUUGGCUAUCGGUUACUGCCCGCUUUUAACACAUCUACUGGCAUUCCCCAUGCACGGGUCAACCUAAAGCACGGUAUGAAGGUGGAAGCAUUGCGUCACUCGCGCGAAACAUGCACCGCAUGCGCGGGAACCAUCCUACUCGAAUUCGCCGCCCUUUCUCGACUGAGUGGCGAACCCAUCUUUGAGCUUAAAGCACAUGCUGCCAUGGACGCACUGUGGAAGAUGCGUCACCGGAGCUCGGAACUGAUGGGAACGGUUCUGAACGUGCAUUCCGGAGACUGGAUACGGCGUGAGUCCGGCGUGGGAGCAGGUAUCGAUUCGUACUACGAGUACUGCCUCAAAUCGUACAUUCUUCUUGGCGAUGAGCGUUAUUUGGCGCGCUUCAACCGGCACUACAAUGCGAUUAUGAAAUACAUUAGCCAAGGCCCAAUGCUGCUCGACGUUCAGAUGCAUCGACCACACACAAAGACGCGCAACUUUAUGGAUGCACUGUUGGCUUUCUGGCCCGGCCUUCAAGUGCUGUCGGGUGAUCUGAAACCUGCCGUACAAACGCACGAGAUGCUGUAUCAAGUCAUGCAGAUGCAUACCUUCAUUCCGGAGGCAUUCACGUUCGACUUUCAGGUGCACUGGGGACAGCAUCACCUACGGCCAGAGUUCAUAGAGUCAACGUACUUUCUGUACCGCGCAACAGGCGACCAUUACUAUUUGCAUGCAGGGAAGAAAGCUCUGAAAGCCUUACAGCAACACGCCCGAGUACCGUGCGGAUACGCAGCGGUGAAUGAUGUCCGUACCGGCAAACACGAGGACCGCAUGGAUUCAUACGUUCUUUCCGAAACGUUCAAGUAUCUGUUUUUGCUGUUCUCCGAUCCGGCGGAUCUCAUUCUGAACAUUGAGGACUUUAUCUUCACCACCGAAGCCCAUCUGCUGCCACUGACGCUGGGCGUAUUGGGGAAUCACACUUUAGGUAAAGACCAGGAAGAUCAGGUCCACAUGCUGGACUAUAUGCGAUCGUGCCCGAGUCCAAACAAGUUAUUUCCUGAAACGGUCCGGCGUCCACUACGUGACCUUGUUACGGGAGUCUGUCCGCGCAUAUCGAGUGCCAAGCGCCUCCGAGCGUCUGACUUUCAGGCAAGCAAUGCAGAUCAUCUACGAACAGUUUACGACAUGGGCAUUACGAUGGUUUCGCUAGGCGAGGGCAAGGUGCAGCUGCUACACAGUUUCUACAACGCCAAAUCACCAGAGGACGCAGAACGGGGGCUAGUCUUUAUGCAGGAAAUGGUAGAACUGUCAAAGUCGAAUGCCAUUCCCAACACUCAGCUGCAAGCAGUGGCUUUCCGGAGGGACGACGAUCCGGAGAUGCACGUUCUGGAGGCCGGCCCCAGCCACUUCGGGAUGGAGCUGACGAACGAUAUGUCCGUCGUGCAGCAAGCCGUUUACGCGAAGCCCAUAAAACUGUGCUCAGCCCUCAAAAACGCCGAUGAAAUUCGUGGUAAAAUCGUCAUCGUCGAACGAGGAGAGUGCACGUUUGUGGACAAAGCAAGAAAAGCACAAACCGCGGGUGCGGUUGCGGCAAUAGUGUUCGAUAAUACGCCAAACACUUCGAUUAACAAUCAGCAAAUGUUCGCCAUGUCCGGGGACGGACGGGACGACGUUCAGAUACCGGUUGUGUUUCUCUUCACGAAAGAAGCGGAACAGCUCAUGACAACCAUCAAGCAGCAGCCAACCACGGAGCUUACACUAAUGUCCGUCUCCGGCCUGAAGGAAAAGCUGGACCGAGAGCGCGCAGACACAACGAAGACUGACACAAAUAGCAAAUCAAAAACGACAACGCCAUAGUACGAGCUCGAACGGAAUGGCGGUGGGAUUGAAAAACUGGCGGGCAGAACGGUAGUUGACGUGGAUUCUGUGGCAGGGAAUGGCAUUUAGUGUCGUAGUCACAUUUAUUGGGCUCUCGCCAAUAAUUUGCCAAAGGUCUCGCAAGCAUCAACCUGCCCUGUAGUCAAACCAUAAAUCUAGCGACGGGUUCCACGAAUGUUAGAUAGUAAUGAAUUUUAGGGAAAAAGCAAAUAUGCAAAAAUGUCCAACAAUCCUCGCCGGUGGAAUGUGACUUCCAUUCCAAAGUCUAGCCGGACGGAUGGAGAGGAAUCAUAGGAGAAGAGUAGAAAAAUUGUUCCCCCCAUGAGGAUACUGUGAAUACGAAAAUGGGGAGGUUAGUCUCAAGGGAUCUGAGCGCAUGAAGGUAUCGUUCUUCCCUCUUCAGAUUAGCAAAGUGAUACUCGCGUGUUACGAAAGGACCUGUAUUACGUUACACGGAAUGAAGCGCGCGUUGUGCUCGGAAAGGCGUUGGGUGAUUGACUAUUUUGCUACAGUAUGUGUAAAACUCUAUCAUUGAGUCCCUUUUUUCUGCUAACAUUUCAAUACACAUAUCACCAAUCGGUUUUGCUGAGUGCUGGAUUGUGAGUGGCUUUUGGUUUGAACACUACUGUGUGCCUCAAGUUGACAAACGUGUGUUUGGCUGUGUCCUUUAGCACGGUUGUCGAUAAAAAUGAUAAACAACCAUCUUCCAUUGCCACACUACCGACGACUAGUGCGUAGUCGAUGUCAAACAACUGCCGUACUGAGCCAUCUUUCCGACCAUACACCCUUUCGAGGGGGUCACUAUUUGUUAGCCUGUUUCGGUUGGUCCGUUAAACGAUGCUGCACAAUCAUUCCUUCCUAUUGUUUGCUGGAUUAUAGGAAUAGUUGGUACGGCUGGAAAGGAAUGAAUGGGAAAGUUCAUCAUGUUUGUUUCAGGUCUGUUACGACAAGUAGUUUCGAAAGGAAGUGAUCCAUUACUUCCAUUACUGAUUACCUCGUAAGAUUAAACCGCAAGUUUCGUUCAGUGUCUCAGUGCAGUGAAGAAUAACUUAUCGUUUUUUAUUGGUUAAAAAUUUACGCAAAUUAAUACGUUCCAAGAAAAACAAGAAAAGGCAACGUCAAAAGAUAAUUCGCAAAAAACCGGGUCAAAGCCGUACACCAUGCAUUUCAAAAAGAUAAAAGAUUUCGAUAAAUACGAAUCCUAUAAGAAGCAUUAAAAUAUUAGGAAACAAACAUAAAACACUAUGAUCAACAGCAGCAUGGUAUAGCAAACGUUGUAAAUAAUUCUUUUGUACGAAAACAUUAGCAAAGUGAAGCAAGUGAAACAUUCUAGCAAUUAAGUAUUGCAUAAACGCCAGGCGAAUCUUAGGUUUAAGUAGAUUAAAUUCAUUAAGCAAAUGUUGCAAUAUCUGGUGCGGCGAUAAUGGCGUGAUAUGGCAAGUGGCCGCGUGCGGCUGCAGCGAAAGUCAAACGUUUCUCACAACGGCCCGGCGACCCUCCUUGCCAACAAAGGUGCCGCAACAGCGGCAAGUAAUGUGUGGGUAGUUGUAGAAUAAUUUAGCUACCGUUUUUUUCUUUGAUAAUACAAUUGUGUUUCGGUUUUUCC